AUGAGGCUGUUCAACUGGGCGCGACGCAAGUCGCAACCAGGUCCCACAAGAGAUACCGAGGUAUUCUCUGGGACCCAAGGCCCCCUCGGAGACGCGAAAGGCCGGGAGCAGAUCGAAGCGCGUCAAGUUUCCAACGCAGAACAUGACUUCAACCUGGUGAUGCCGGGUGCAUUCCCAUCGUCGCCUCCUCUGUCCCCCCGCCUUGCACCGCUCGAGCGCGAGGAGUCCGUUCCCGUCUCUGCGUUCCAGCAGAUGGACAUCGACGUCGCCGAGAGCCCCGAACUUCCGACAGAACUUGGUUCCCAUUUACAUCCCAGGAGGCCAGCGAGGUUUGCAUCCGCAUCGGCAUCAGCGCCACGACGUACCAGACGCCCGUCCACCCCUCGAACACCCAUCCGACGACCGACUGCACAAGAUGACACGGCCUUUGAUGAUCCGUGGAACCGGCAGGCCUCGCUGUUCGAGCGCCUGCCAUUUGGACGGCCAGUAUCUGCUGUACAGCUUUUUUCACCGAAACCACGGCCAAUCCCCGCCAACCGCAUCGCCUCUAUCUAUGCGAUGGAAUGGGAAAAACGAGCACGGGAAGCGGCAGCUCUGGAAGGCGAGCUGGGUCGCGCAGCCAGGAUCAUUCCGCAAGGUCCUGCUGUUCGGCAGCUAUCCUGGGACUGGUUGAACCAGGUCCAGAGAGCUAUGAAAGCUCCACAAACCAUGCCAGUCGCCAAGUCACUCUCUGGAGACGCGUUAUACCAAAGAGAUAUUGCUACCUGCAUCAAUCAUCUUUCGUGGCUCAAUGAUGAGAUCAUCAAUUCCUAUCUCAGUAUUAUCGUUCACUACCUACGCGAAUCUGCCGGCAAUUUGAAUGACCGGCCUCUGUUCCACGCGUUCAAUACCUUUUUCUUUUCCACUCUACGAGAUAAAGGAUAUCAAGGCGUGCGCCGGUGGGCCAAUCGGGCCAAGAUUGGGGGCGAGAGCUUGUUGGAUGUCGACACUGUCUUCAUUCCCGUGCAUGGAGCAGCCCACUGGACUUUGCUGGUUGUGCGACCAAUGGAACGAACAAUAGAAUACUUUGACUCGAUGGGCUCACGCGGUGCCAAUCAAGUGAGGAAGAUCAAAGAGUGGCUGCGCGGCGAGCUGGGCACGAAAUACGACGAAGACGAGUGGACGGUGCUGAAGUCAGUCUCUUCUAUGCAAGACAAUGGCAGCGACUGUGGCGUGUUUCUUCUCACCAACGCCAAAGCCAUUGCGCUGGGCAUCGAGCCCACUGCCUUUGGAGCCCAAGAUACAAUACUCUUGCGCAGAAAGAUUGUCGCGGAGAUCAUGAAUGGCGGGCUCCACGGCGAAUUAAGUCCCAUUGACAAGGCGGGUCAUUUGUUACUCUGA